AUGUCAACUUCAACCAUUUAUUAUUUCGAAAAUGGGUUACGAAAGGUAAAGCCUUAUUACUUCACUUAUAAGACGCAUGUUAAAUCAAGAUGGAUAGGUAAGACCGUGCAUGAAGUGUUCACAACAGAAUUGGGUCAAGACUCGGAUGUAACUAAGCAGGAAAUUACCAAUAAGAUAAUAUACAUAUCGAGUAAUCAAGGGAUGAAAGGAGGACCAAUUGAAAUUAAAGGUUGGAAUAACCUAGUAGAAAGGAAAAUACAAUCCCAUGAUUUAAUAUACAAUAUGAAGCAUAUUCAUGAACCAAGUGUUGCGCAAGGCCUUGAAUUGGUGAAGAAAACUACUAAAUAUACCAGUCAGAGUUCAACAGACCUUAGCAUAGUAUUUGAAAAUGAUGAAGUACUUGUAGUGGAUAAACCUGCAGGGAUUCCAACACAUCCUAAAGGUAAUUAUAGAUAUAAUUCGAUCACCGAGAUCGUGAAGCAUGAUUUAAAUUUAGAGAAUAUAUGGCCAUGUCAUAGAUUGGACAAAGUUACUUCAGGAAUUUUGAUAUUAGGGACAACUCAGGAGGGAGGAAGAAAAUACCUGAAUAUUAUUAAUAACAAUAGGGAUAGAAUUUCGAAACAAUACGUGGCUAGAGUAAUGGGCGAAUUUCCAAAAGAUGAGUUUGCUAUGAACUGUCCAAUAUUUUUAGUGAAUACGUCUGGUGGGUACAUUAUGCCAUCAAAUUCGAGAAAUAUACCCACCAAUUCGACAACAAUUUUUAAACGGUUGCAGUAUAAUCAAGAACUAAACCAAAGUAUCGUAUUAUGCAAACCUGUAACAGGGAGAAUGCAUCAAAUAAGAAUUCAUUUAAGAAAUGCAGGGCAUCCGAUAGUUAAUGAUUACGAGUACAAUCCGCAGAAUAAUUCGACAAAACAGCACAUACAACGUUUGAGAAACCAAAUCGAAUUAGAAAUGUAUGAAAAUAUCUAUCUUGAUUUCCCUUCAUUUCAAGAACACAAAUCACAUAAUCUUGUUCAUGACGAAACAGAAGUGGAUAUUGUAAAAGCAUCAAAAUUUGGAACAGCGGAGAUACAAGAAAAAGUUAAUAAAUUGGUAGUGUUGAGAUCCGAGAUGGUCAAAGAUAUGAAAGACCAGUACAAUAAAACUUGCGAUAUUUGCAAUCGCCCUUUGUUCGAUUCAGAUAUCAAUGUAGAUGAAGAAGGUAUUUGGUUACACGCUUUUCGGUACGAGUAUUCUGAUAUUGAACCUGAUAGUUCGUUUUGUUUCGAAACAGCUUUUCCGUUAUGGUGUAAUAUAUAA